AUGCCACCGCAGGCUCGAGAAAGACCUCCUAUAAUUGGUCUCUAUCCACCAGCUUCCAGACCUAGGCUAUCUAUAGAGACUGCGCAAGACGAGGACUCAGACUGGCAUACCGAUUCGGAAGAGUCUGGUCUGUCGGGAUACUCUUCGCCUGGUUCCGAUUAUUUCGAGGAUCUCCCGCCCUGGGCGCUAUUUUUCUAUGACGGUCCCGAAGCGGAGGCACUCAAGUUUCCUCUGUCGGGCAAUGUUAACCCGCAUGACUUCUGGCCGCAACUGAAACUCAACACUCAGCUUACCGGCAAGCAGAUCCAAGAUCUCAUCAGACGCGAUCCCCCAGUGGCACUGAGAUUCUGGCAGGCGCUAUAUCGCGCGGGAAAGUCCCCCGGAUCAGAUGAUAAUGAGAACUAUCUCUGCUGGCGCAUGGCGAAAUUCUUCACCCGAGUGGUCACAGGCGAACAACGCUCGGACAAGGCUACUAGCAACUUGUACUGUGACCUUCAAGCCGCAGGACUGUACCCAUUUCUGGAAGAGAUUGUCCGCGAUCCUGCGUUCUUCAGAGAAAGUCCUCUUUUCGCCUUCUUUGUGCUCGAGAUCAUUCAAGAUGCCGGCCUUGUCUGCCACACACAGGCCUGGGCGAUCAAACCUCGCCACAAAGGGCAUGCAUCGAUUCCACAGAUCCAACGCGUGAUCGCAGCGUUAUGCAAGACUGCUUGGGCAGACAGAUCCGCGCUGGUCAAUGCCGCGGAUGACCUCAAGGAGCAUCGAUCGAUGAAGAAACGUAUCCGCGCAACGCUAGGGUUAUGCCUACUUCACUACUACUGGCUCCAUGCUCCGGGCGAGACGCCCUUCGAGUCGGACGACGAUUACGCUGUUCUCCGUAUACCUGGCUUUGAAGAUAUCCGGAGGAUGUUCGCGUUCACUUGGUUCAUCCGUGAUAACAGCUCGCCAUGGACAAUCGAGUCGCUAUACGACUGUUUACAAGCCUAUGCGUAUGGAACAGGCGUGACAGCUGAUGAACUGACUGCAUUCGUCCGGGAUGAUGUGGCAGGCGUCUGCGGUGCCGAGGCUUGGUUGAAACGCGUCGCUCGAACGCUCGAGGAGCCGCGCCUUCUCAGCGGCAGUCUUGGCAACGUGCUUGCUGUCACGAACAAGCUCUUCAUGAAGCCCGAGUUCUUCCCGUACUUCUACUCUUCCGGCGUUCUGAAGGGUCUGAGAGUGGCAGUAGAUCGUCUUGUCAGUCGAGGAAAGCGCGAUGAUGGCUUGUACUGUCGCUGCGCUCUCGAGGUCUUGCAGAUCUAUACGACCGUAUCCACUGAUGUAUCCGUGGAUCUCGGACUUGGCCCGACCAUCCGCAACUAUGACUGCUUCGAACUUUUGGCACGAGCCGUGCAACUUGCUCCCGCAGUAGGAGACUACACACCAAAGGUAGCCAAUGCGAUAUGCACGCACUAUGAAGCCUACGGGGUAACUUUCAACCUGCUGGCGGAAAAGAAUGUCCUGGGCAAAGCCAUGAAGCAGGCCAUGCGACGACAAUGGUACCCGACUCUACGAGCCAUUCGGCCCUACAGCAAGCAAAGUAAAGACAUCAGCGACAUGGUGAAGACGUGGUAUUCGUUGGGGAGGGGCAUGGGGCUAGACGAGAAGAAGGAGCAGGAAGAAUACGAACGCGAGGUGAAGCGCCUCGGGCAGCUGUGCGCAUGGAAGGAGUGCGAAUAUCAUACCAAGAAGCCGACGACACCAUUGAGCGCGUGCAAGGGUUGUGGAGAAGUCAGAUAUUGCGGGAGAGCAUGUCAAGUCUUGGACUGGAAAAACGGGCAUAAGCUGGUAUGCAAGCGCCUCAAAGAUACCGCUCAUACACCUAAGAAAUGA